GCGCGGCAAGACAUGGACGUAGUAACAAGCCCCUGCGACAGUCCCUCGGCUAUGCUGUCUGGAAUGGCUGCUUGAUUUGUGUGAAGCUUUAACCCCGCGCGAAGACAAGUGCGAGACUUCUCAUUAGCGCGGCACCGCCUUCCGGCAGCGUCCUAUGCGUAAGCGCGAACGCCCGCUCGAAGGCCAAUAGGAGUGUCUGAAGGGCGGUGCCACCGCGCGGCCCCCAGUGCAUUUUGGGCGAUGUAGUCCCUUUUGUCCCCCGUGGCGGUUACUGCGCGGGGAGGUCGUGGACUAGAACUACUGUUCCCAGAAUUCCAAGCGGGUCCCAGCCUGCUUUGCGAAUGCAAGGCGGGGAGGGCGGGUGAGUCUGCUUAUAAGGAAGCGGGAUAGUUUCGGUUCAACUACAAAGGGGGCAAAGGAGAAGCGAGGGGGCCUUCGGUGCCUCUCCCGGGGGUAGCGGGCUUGUUUGCGGGCACACCGACUGAGGUCGGGGUGGAUGUGUCCGCGGGGUGUGCAGUGGGCGGCGAGCCUCUGCGGGUUGUGGUCCGCCGCAUCCCCGAGGCCAUGAUUUGCGCGCUUCUACGAGCCGUGCAGCACGCGGAGAGGCUGCACCGGGCGGCGGGGGUGCGGAUCUUGCUGCCCCGCGCUGCGCCUAGCACCGCCUCCCUCCACACCCGGCCCAGCGGGAGAUGGUCGCCGCCGGAGUCCCCGAUACCCGCCCGGACGCCCCGCGUCCUUGCGGUCACCCCGAGAACGAUCUGGACCCAGGGAUGGAACCCCCGCAGGGCGAAAGAGGUCGGCCGCAAGCAGGUGUCUGUGCACAGAAGCCCUGGAGGGGAGCCCGCCGUCUCCACGACACAGAAAGUGAAGGAAGCCGGACGAGACCUGACCUACUUCCUGGUGGUGCUUGUUGGACUCGGCAUUACAGGUGGUUUGCUCUACGUCAUUUUCGGCGAGCUUUUUUCUUCAACCAGCCCUAACCAGAUAUAUGGGAAAGCCUUAGAGAGAUGCCGGUCCCAUCCCGAGGUGACGGGUAUAUUGGGGGAGCCCAUCAAAGGCUACGGGGAGACAACCCACCGAGGGCGGCGACAGCACGUCAGCUACCUCAGGUACACCCAGGAUGGGCUGCAUCGCAUGCGCCUCAAGUUCUACAUCGAGGGCUCGGAGCCAGGCAAGCAGGGCACCGUGCACCUGGAAGUGAAGGAGAACCCAGAGAGCGGGCAGUAUGAGUUCCUCUACAUCCUCGUGGAGGUGGACACCUACCCGAGACGCGUGAUCGUCGUGGAAGACCAUCGCUCCUGAGCUCGAGCAGAUCUGGCCCUGCGCGGUGGCCCAGGAGGAACAGAUGAGCAGUCACACGGGUCACACAUCUGGAGACCACGGAGCACAGUUGCGUCAGACAGGCCUUGCUGCCCGGCUCCCUGUGUGGCGAGGGGCAGCCCCAGACAGGGCCUGCUUCCCAGGCUGGCACCACCCACACUGAACAGCCUGGGCCUGCCAGUUAAUUGCCAUAGGUUAGGAAUAAAGUGCGAUUCGUGCUCUGUC